UCUAAAAAACAGCCUACAAUGCGAUCGCAUUUAUUUUCUCUCAGGCGCUCACUGGACACCUAACCUGAUGCAAUAUGAUUUGAAGUCAUGCCCAAAGUAAAAAGAAGCAGAAAGCCACCACCCGACGGUUGGGAACUGAUUGAGCCCACUCUUGAUGAGUUGGAUCAGAAAAUGAGGGAAGCUGAAACUGAGCCUCAUGAGGGAAAACGAAAAGUGGAGUCCCUUUGGCCGAUAUUCAGACUUCAUCACCAGCGGAGCCGAUACAUUUUCGACCUGUUUUAUAAAAGAAAAGCAAUCAGCAGAGAGCUCUAUGAUUACUGUAUAAAAGAAGGCUAUGCUGACAAGAAUCUUAUUGCAAAGUGGAAGAAGCAGGGCUAUGAAAAUCUGUGCUGUCUUCGCUGCAUUCAGACACGAGACACCAACUUUGGGACGAAUUGCAUAUGCAGAGUGCCUAAAGGCAAACUGGAAGUGGGUCGUAUCAUUGAAUGCACUCACUGUGGAUGCAGAGGAUGUUCUGGAUGAGCCAGUACUGCUGUUGUGACUCAUUAUAUUUUAACCUAUAUGCUUUUUUUAAUUUUUGUCUUAUUUUUCUUUUUUUGUGUGAAUAUUUCAUUCCAGAUUUUUUUUUGUCUUCUCUUUAUUGAUUGAAAAUUCAGCUUUCAUUAAACUUUGCCAUCUUUAA